GAUUCAUAGGCAACAAAGAGCGAGAGAGGAAAAUUGAGGGCGUAUUGGCAAGAGAAAGAGAGAGAGAGAGAGAGAGGCAAUGAUCUCCACUUCAUGUAGACCUGCACCAUGCGUCGGCCCAACAGCUAAGUCCCUCUCCCCCAUAGCCACAAAAGCCUGCUUCAAACCAAGAAAACAAACAAACUUCCCAAAUUUGGCAAAAAUAACCAGGUUUCACUUCACAAAACUUACCAUAGAAGAUACCCAAAAUGGAAAACUUAGAAGCCAUGAAUCUCCAUUGUUUUUCUCAAAUGGGUUAUCAAAGGGAGCCAUUUUGGGUGCAUUUUCUAUAGGGUUGGCAAUGUUCAUGUUGGGCUUUGAUGAGAAAGCAUUGGCUCUUGGUCCUGAAGGGCCAUUAUUAGAGGAAUUUUGGGACAAUAUGAGGAGAUAUGGGCUCUAUAUACUAACAGUUAGCACUGGUGUGAUUUACACAGUGUUUCGGCCCAUUAUAGGGCUACUGAAGAGCCCCUUGUCUGCAAUUCUCAUAAUAAUUAUAUUUGGGGGUACCCUCUUCCUUGUGAUGCAAGUGCUUAAUGCCAUGUUUGGCAUAUCAGAGUUUGCUUAUGAUUAUGGCUACUAGAGAGAGAGAGCUAUGGUCUUUUGUUAGUAGAUAUAAUUUUUCAUUAUUAGGAGGGUGAGUUCCCACUUUUCCAGUUUUGACGUGAUCUCAUUAUCUCAGUGUUCUUGUCAUAUUUACUUCUAUUUAUGAAAGCUUAUGACAUUUCCUC